AUGGAGGCUCUGCUCUCCCAGCUGGCCUUCCUCGCCAACCAGGCUCUCCACGACAAGAACUUCGAUCCCUCGGCGUUGGAAGAGCUCUUGGCCCUCUUCGAGCAAGAGGCCUACGCCUCCUGGGCCGCCGAGCACCAGAAGGCCGGCGCCGACGACGCCAAGGUCUCCAUCAAAGACGCGGAGGACCACCUCCAGUCCCUCGUGGCCGACUUCAGUGGCUUCCGCCGCCAGGCUGAUGAGCCUGCGACGGAGGCCGAGCCGUCGAGCUCAGACCGGGACGGCGACGCGAGGCAGGAGCUGGGCAAGUCCCCCGGCGCGGCGGACGCCAGUACGGCCUCCAACAAGUACGCGGACGCGGCGGUGGCUUCGGCCUUGGCCACCGUGAAGUCCGCUUUUGCUUCCUCGAAGCUCCAGCCCUGA